UUUUAACGCGCUGGGGAACUUGGCUUGAGGCAGCAUCUUAUUUUGCAAAGAACUUCAACGAGAUCAAAGAAAUAGUUGAAGGUCUUGAUGACGAUGCGGCCUGCGUUAUUUUUGCGAAAAAAUUGUUUGCAAAUAAGGGCAUCCGAGAGGAGUUGGCUUAUAUCCAGGCAAAUUUUGGUUUCCUAUUAAGCGAGGGAAAUGCUUUCAAAAUGCUUCAGAAAAGAGGUGAACCUAUUAGCAAUCCAUUGGCAAUUCUCAACAGCAUAGAAAACAAUUUAAAACAGGCCAAGGGACCAGUAGCUAAAAUUAUAUUGGACAAAUUUUAUAAAGUAUUCCAAUCGAAUCAAGGCCUGCAAGUUAUAAAAAAAGUUGCCGCAAUUGUGAAUGGUGAAAAGUUUGUGGAAUUACCAGAAAAUAUAGCUAUAAAUGAAGUUGAGUUUUUGAAUUGGGCACCAUUGGUAUUUGUAGAUGUUGAGAGGACAUUUAGUUCCUUCAAAGCUAUGCUUCGGGAUAAUCGCAUGAGAUUACUGCCCGAAAAUUUCAAAAUGCAUUUAGUAGCAUUGUGCUACUAUGAAAGCACCAGCGGUUAAAGCAUUCAACCAAUUUAAAUAUGUAA